UCUCCACAACAAACCUUCUCUUCUUCAAAAAACAACCAAAGUUACGCCAAUUUUCUUUUUAAAUUCCUAAAUAAUUAAUCAAAAUAAUAUUAGAAAACAACAACGUCUAUGGCGUCCUCCGACAAUCUGAGCGAUAAGAACGCUGUUUUCAGAAAGCUGAAAACUAAAUCAGAUAACAAGAUGUGUUUCGAUUGUAAUGCGAGGAAUCCGACAUGGGCGUCGGUGACGUAUGGGAUUUUUCUCUGCAUUGAUUGCUCUGCCGUUCAUCGGAGUCUCGGUGUCCACGUCAGCUUUGUCAGGUCUACAAAUUUAGAUUCAUGGUCUCCUGAACAAUUGAAAAUGAUGAUCUAUGGAGGAAACAACCGUGCACAAGUUUUCUUUAAGCAGCAUGGAUGGACUGAUGGAGGCAAAAUUGAGUCCAAAUAUACUUCAAGGGCUGCUGAGUUAUAUAGGCAAAUACUAUCAAAAGAAGUCACUAAAAGCUUGGCAGAAGAGUCGAGUUUUCCAUCAUCACUGGUUGCCUCUCAGUCAUCACAAGCAUCCAAUGGACUUAUUGAUAGCGAGAUUGAUGAGGUUACCAAAGAAAGUUCUUUAGACAGGUUAGAAAAAACAGAAGUUUCUGCUCCGCAAAAGUCUUCUCGUACAACUGUUACAAGCACUGUCAAGAAGCCUCUUGGUUCAAAGAAAUCUGGGAAAGCUGGGGGCCUUGGUGCCCGAAAGCUUGCUUCUAAGUCGAGUGAAAAUAUAUAUGACCAGAAGCCUCAAGAACCCGUUGUCCCUGUUUCUUCCUCAACAAAAAAGCCUGCAGCACCCAUUGCCACAUCAUUUUCAUCACGUUUUGAGUAUGUAGAAAAUGGUCAAUCUACGGAGUUGAAUUCUGGUGGCCCACAAGUGCUUAGCCACGUCGCUCCUCCAAAGUCAUCUAGCUUCUUUUCUGAUUUUGAAAUGAACAGUAGAGUUGAGAAGAAAUCAAGCUCAAAAUCCCCAAAAGUGCAAAUUCAGGAAACUGAUGAAGCUAGGAAAAAGUUCUCCAAUGCGAAAUCUAUUUCAUCAGCCCAAUUUUUUGGUAAUCAGACCAGAGCAGCAGAUAAUGAAGCUCAAGCUACUUUGCAGAAAUUCUCUGGUUCAACAGCUAUCUCCAGUGCUGAGCUAUUUGGCAAGGAUGGGGAUCUAGACCUCUCCGCUAGUGACCUCAUCAACCGACUCUCGUUCCAGGCACAACAGGAUAUCUCGAACCUAAAGAACAUUGCAGGGGAGACCGGAAAGAAACUUAGCUCCUUUGCGUCCACUUUUAUGUCGGAUCUUCAGGAUAGAAUCCUCUGAUGUGGUCUGAAUGCACACAUGACAUGGUAUGACCAGCCGAUAAGAUUUGUAGUGAAAGAAAUGCAAAGUGGUUUCAUCAUUUUUUUUUGUUUGCAUUUUGCAAUGACUUCUUUUUCGGGGGGUUUAUUAUAAAUUUGGUUCACAGGGUCAAGUAAAAAAAAAACCCUCCAGACUAGUAACGGGAUGGUUUUCU